AAGACGCUGCCGGCUGUAUUAGGCCCAUUGUUCCAGCAACAACCAACGAGAACGGAACAAAAAGCGCGAAACGCGAAAUUGACGACGCUUUCGCCACGUACGCAUUUAAAGCGAAUAAUACCGAUCAUUCUAUAUUUGCUGUGAACGUAUACAAGAAUUUUUAACAUUUAAAAACUUUCUGCGUGAUUUUUCGUAUCUUCCAGUAUUUUUUGUGCGUAGUAAAAUCGUACUGCCAGAUCCAGCGUCAUGGUUGCCGGUACAAAAAUGAUGAACGUCAGGGUGACGACGAUGGACGCCGAGCUGGAGUUUGCCAUCCAGCAGACGACCACCGGCAAGCAGCUUUUUGAUCAAGUUGUUAAAACAAUUGGUCUCCGUGAAGUUUGGUUUUUUGGCCUUCAGUACACUGACAAUAAGGGUGAUCUAACGUGGAUCAAAUUGUACAAAAAGCCGGAAAGUGCAAUCACGAGAGUCGUCAAGAAGGAAGUAAAAAAGAAGGUACGAAAGUUAAGAGGCUACUCGGACUCUGACACCGAUGACGACGAGUUCGAAGACGAUCUGGUGAUGAACCAGGAGGUCAAAAAGGAGACCCCAUUGCAGUUCAAGUUUCGUGCGAAAUUUUAUCCCGAAGACGUUGCAGAGGAAUUAAUACAGGAUAUCACGCUUCGUCUUUUUUAUCUGCAGGUGAAAAAUGCUAUACUCAGUGAUGAAAUUUACUGCCCACCUGAAACAUCGGUAUUGCUUGCAUCUUAUGCGGUUCAAGCUAGACAUGGUGAUUUUCAAAAAGGAACUCACACUGCCGGCUUUUUAGCUAAUGAUCGUUUGUUACCACAAAGAGUUGUUGAUCAACAUAAAAUGAGUAAAGAAGAAUGGGAGAGUUCGAUAACUAAUUGGUGGCAAGAACAUCGUGGUAUGUUAAGAGAAGAUGCUAUGAUGGAAUAUUUGAAGAUUGCUCAGGACUUAGAAAUGUAUGGAGUUAAUUAUUUCGAAAUUCGUAAUAAAAAAGGAACAGAAUUAUGGUUGGGCGUCGAUGCUUUAGGUUUGAAUAUUUAUGAAAAGGAUGAUAAACUUACACCUAAGAUCGGUUUUCCAUGGUCCGAAAUAAGAAAUAUUUCUUUCAACGAAAAGAAAUUUAUUAUUAAACCGAUAGAUAAGAAAGCACCAGACUUUAUUUUCUUUGCUACAAGAGUCAAGAUUAAUAAGAGAAUUUUGGCACUUUGUAUGGGCAAUCAUGAAUUAUAUAUGCGUAGACGUAAACCGGAUACCAUUGAUGUUCAGCAAAUGAAGGCUCAAGCCAGAGAAGAAAAAAUCGCAAAGCAACAGCAAAGGGAAAAAUUGCAAUUAGAAAUUGCAGCGAGAGAACGUGCAGAAAAGAAACAACAGGAGUACGAGGAAAGGCUAAGAAAUAUGGCUGAGGAAAUGGAUAGGCGACAGGCAGAAUUAAACGAAGCUCAGGAAAUGAUAAGACGUUUGGAAGAACAAUUGAAACAAUUGCAGGCUGCGAAGGAAGAAUUAGAAGAUCGUCAAAAGGAAUUGACUGCAAUGAUGGAAAAAUUAGAGCUUUCUCAUGAAAUGGAAGCCGCAGAACGUGCUAAAUUAGAACAAGAGAUUAGAGCUAAGCAAGAGGAAGUACAACGUAUACAGUCCGAAGUAGAAGCGAAAGAUGCAGAAGCUAGGAGAUUACAGGAGGAGUUUGAAGCUGCCAAUAGACUCAGGCAAGAGGAAGCUGAUCGAGCUUUUCAAGCUAAUACAACUCCUCAUCAUCAUCAUGUCGAAGAAAAUGAAGAGGGAGAGGAAGAAGGAGAGGAUGAGAUUCCGAAUUGUGAUGUUACUAAAGAUCUUGCUACGGAUGAAUCAAUAAUUGAUCCAGUCGAAGAGAGACGUACUUUGGCCGAAAGAAAUGAACGUCUUAAUGAUCAAUUGAAGGCAUUGAAGCAAGAUCUUGCACAAUCACGAGACGAAACCAAGGAAACUGUCAUGGAUAAAAUUCAUAGGGAAAAUGUUCGUCAAGGACGUGACAAGUAUAAAACGCUACGUGAAAUUCGCAAGGGCAAUACCAAACGUCGUGUCGAUCAAUUUGAGAAUAUGUAAAAUAUGUGCGUAUAUUUAUCCACACGCCCCACCCCCCCCAAACCCCACCCCAAUGCAUUUUUAUUAUCUCAUUUUUUGAAUUUCAUCUAUUCCGUAUCAUUAUACGGAGUAUUAUUAUUGCACAUGAGAAAUAGAGAGAGCGAGAGAGAGAGAGAGAGCGAGAGAGAACGAGAGAGAGAGAGAGAGAGCGCGAGAGAGAGCGAGAGAGAGAGAGAGAGAGCGAGAGAGAGAGCGAGAGAGAGAGGAUUCAAUGUCCUAGGUAUAUAUCACUAUAUCACUAGAUUUUUAUCGUCAUUCCUUUGAAUUGAAAAUUAUUUUACAAUCGAUCUUAAUUCUUGUGCCACGCAACGUAAUUGAUACAUAUUUUCUUUUUUCUUUUUUUUUUCUUUUUUUUUCUUUUUUUUUCUUUUUUUUUUUUUUCUUUUUCUUUUUUAUAGCGAUUUAUAUAAUCCUAUCGCAUUGAGACAACACACUAUUAUUCAUUCUCAUCAUCAAACUUAUAGAAUUUGAUUUAUAAACGCAUUAUGGCAAUGAAUGCUAAACUCUUGUUCAUGAGUUUAACAAAAGGGACGCGACGAGCGAGAUUUAUUAUAUCUUCCAAAUAUGCUUCCGUAUAUCAAUUAUGAUUCAAUAUCAAACGCGCUUCAUUCUCCAAAAGUUUUUGUGUAUUGGAGAUAGAUCAUUUUGUGUCUUUUCUUCGAUAUCAGAAUUUAUAAUAUUCUCUUUAGUAUAAAUAUUUUUUCUUUUUACUGUUUUCUUUCU